AUGACUGUCAAGAAUAUCUGUUGUAUCGGUGCUGGUUAUGUUGGUGGUCCCACGGCUGCUGUUAUUGCUUACAAGUGUCCUGAUAUCAAAGUCACGAUUUGUGAUAUCAAUCAAAAGCGUAUCGAUGCAUGGAUGUCUGACAAACUACCCAUCUACGAACCUGGUUUGGAGGAAGUUGUCUUUGCCUGUCGUGGAAAGAAUCUCUUUUUCUCGACUGACGUAGAUAAGCACAUUGAAGAAGCCGACCUUAUCUUUGUUUCCGUCAAUACGCCUACCAAGAAGCAAGGUCUUGGUGCUGGUAUGGCUGCUGAUCUUGCAUACGUCGAAGCAGCUACUCGUCGUAUUGCUAAUGUUGCCAAGAGCUCCAAGAUUGUUGUUGAAAAGUCCACAGUUCCUUGCCGUACUGCUCAAAGCAUGCGUACCAUUUUGGAUGCCAACUCGACUGACAAUGUCAAAUUCGAUAUCCUUUCUAACCCCGAAUUUUUGGCAGAAGGUACUGCUAUUCCCGAUCUUCUCAAGCCUGAUCGUGUCUUGAUCGGUUCUCUUCAAACGGAAUCUGGCAAGGCUGCUCAACAAGCACUUGUCGAUGUCUAUAGCCACUGGAUCCCUCGUGAGAACAUUAUUACCACCAACCUCUGGUCCUCUGAACUUUCCAAAUUGGCCGCUAAUGCUCUUUUAGCUCAACGUAUUUCUUCCAUCAAUGCUUUAUCUGCUGUGUGUGAGGCCACAGGAGCUGAUGUCGAUGAAGUUGCUUAUGCUGUGGGUCGUGAUACCCGUAUCGGAUCUAAAUUCUUAAAAGCCUCUGUUGGUUUCGGUGGUUCUUGUUUCCAAAAGGAUAUCCUCAACUUGGUGUACCUCUCCUACUCGCUCAACUUGCCUGAAGUAGCUGAAUACUGGAACCAAGUCUAUUUGAUGAACGAAUACCAAAAGAAGCGUUUUGUCAAAAAGAUCAUCUCUACUCUCUUCAAUACCAUUACCCACAAAAAGAUUGCCGUGCUCGGUUUUGCUUUCAAGAAGGAUACUGGCGAUACCCGUGAAUCCGCUGCCAUCACGUUGAUCAAGGACUUUAUGCAAGAAAAUGCCCAUGUCGCUAUCUACGAUCCCAAGGUCGAACACGAACAAAUCUACAUGGAUCUUGCUGAACCCGGCGUAGUGGACAACCGUAAGCAAGUGCAAGAAAAGAUUACAAUCUGUAAGGAUGCUUAUGAAGCCGCCAAGGACGCCGAUGCGCUUAUCAUUGUCACGGAAUGGGAUGAGUUCAAGUCGCUUGAUUAUGAACGUAUUUACAAGGAUAUGCAAAAGCCUGCUUUCCUCUUUGACGGCCGUUUGAUCUUGGAUGCUCCCAAGUUGCGCGAAAUUGGCUUCAAGGUCCAUGUCAUUGGUAAGAACGCUCUUGAAGGAAGAGCUUAG